AAUGCGCCAAACGCCAUAGCUCGCUCGAUAGUUGACAGAAUUGAGUGAUUUGACUUGCAAAAGAACGCUCUUGGUGUCAGCUACAACGUCGUAAAAUUUCGGACUCCGCCGCGGGUCCACCCGCCGCCGCUCCCUCCCGGCCACCGCGGGUCCACCCGCCGUCGCCUUCCUCCCACUCCGUGUCACCAAUGUCAUCCUUUCCCCCUCCUGUCGACGUCUCGACCCUCGAUCAUCUCGUGCGCGCUGCCGACAACUCAGCAACCAAUUGGUAUUCCUUCGUCGGCAGCCUCCACCGCGUCCUCGGCAGUGCUUAUGUCCUGCCGUUCCGCCUCCUGGACAUCAUGCUUGGUCUCCCAGAGGGUGACCUUGGGGACCCGCCGCCUCACCCUGGCGAUCCCCCCCCUCUCAUUCCCCAUCCCGGCGAGGAACCUUCGCCCCCCAUAGUACCCGUUGGCACCAGCACUCGCGCUGCCACCGCUGAAGUUGAGCAGCUCUUCCUUACUCAGCGUCGUGAGUUCCUCAUCUGGCUCGAGCUUGAGGCAAUGUUCGAACGCACCGACUUCGAUGCUGUCGGACCGCUCUUCAAGGAAUACUUCAGCAUCACGAUCGAACAUAGUGCUGGCGCUGUUGACUACACCAGCCGUCUCCUGGACCUUGCCUCCCGCCUUGAGGCUCGCCAGACUACUCUCCCCCCAAACCUUCAGAUCUACCGUCUCCUCGAAGGCCUCUCCCCUCAAUAUGAAGUGCGCGUCAUCGCCUUCACUGAGGCUCAGCCCCGCGCCUCCCUUGACACUGUGCUCUCCUCCUCCUCCUCCUCUGUCGCUGACCCCAUAACUCCCCAGGAGCUGCAGCAGUUUCGCCGCUUCCAGCAACUGCAGCUGCUGCAGCAGCAGCAGCAGUGGGGCUCUGGUGGUGACAUUUACGACCCAGCUGUCCCUGACUCCCCUGCUCACUCUGCCUCAUCGCACCAGCAGCAGCAGCAGCAGCAGCAGCAGCAGCAGCAGCAGCAGCAGCAGCAGCAGAAGGAGCAGCAGCAGCAGCAGCAACAGCAGCAGCAGCAGGUGCAGCAGCAGCAGCGGAUGGAGCAGCAGCAGCAGCAGCAGCAGCAGCAGCAGCAGGAGCAACAAACACCUUCCCUCACGCCUCUCUACCCGGGCUUUCUUGGCCUCCUCAUCCUUGGCAUCGCUACCGCUCCCACCAGAUUCACUCCGUCCAACUUCCUUGAGGCCAUCACCUGCCCCGAUGCUGCCAAGUGGAUCCAGGCUAUCUUUGCUGAAUGCGAGGCCUUCAUCCGCAAUGCCUCAUUCGUUAACAUUGUCCCCUCUCCUGACGACGUCAUUGUUGAAGGCCUCUGGGUGUUCCGAGUGAAGCAGCUGCCGGGUGAGGAGCCGGUCUACAAGGCCCGGUAUUGUGCCAAGGGCUUCACCCAAACUGUCACAGGAUCGAAUGUGUCGAGGAAAGGUUGCACUAUCGAUCAGUACAAGGCGCUUUUAUACUUCCAGAGUACAUCAAGUAACCAGGUUUAUCCUAUCUAAAGGAAUAGACCCUUCUAGAAAAU